AUGGCGCCAAAAGUUGACACAGAGGACAGACAAAUCCUCAGACCACAGAGGACUAUGACAAUCUGUCAAAUCUUUUUCUUUAAAAGUGAAAUAGGUUUUGAGUUUUGGAAUAGAGAUGUCGCCCCGGAGUCCAAAGCGAAAACUCAGUCUAGGUCCUCGGAUAGGAUCACUGUCUCUUCCACCAACGUUCUCAAACGCAAGUUUGAUUCCUUGAUCGAUAGAUCCAUCUCGGAUCUGAAAGUUAAAGAUUCGUGGUUUGCCAAUUUAACAGAUCAUGUUUUCCCACGGGACAUUAAACAUUUACUUAGUCUUGGUCCCAAAUUUGCCCAUUCUGUCCCCUCUAAUAUGUUGUCAAUUAAAUCUUUAUUGGCUGACUCCGAGUAUCUUGUGAGGUUGGCUCCACAGGAAUCGCAGGACUUACUCCGGGCUAAAUCUACCAAUGCCAUCACCCAUUUCGUCCACCAGGCUUGGAAGCAGAAUAACCCACAAUACGGACUCUUUUGCAAGACGAAAAGGUUCCUGAAGGACAAUGAUGACAUCGUCAUAACGAUGGCAGAUAAGGGCAAUGUCACGGUAGCCAUCACAAAGCAACAAUAUGAAGAGAAGCUCUUGAAUAUCGUCGAGGACACCAACGUUUAUAAGAAAUUAAACUCAGACCCCACAUCGAGGUAUCAGACAAGGAACAACAGCCUUGUCAAGGAUCUCAAAGACCAAGCAUACAUCAGUGCCACCACGGCGAGACAAUUGAAUAACUACAAAGGCAUUUCCCCCACUAUCUACGGUCUACCAAAGAUCCAUAAAGAGGGAACUCCUCUCAGACCUAUCGUCUCCACCAUUAAAUCCCCAACAAGUGAACUUAGCAAGUUUGUCGCCGACAUCCUCAAGUCAGCUUUCAAGGACGACUUCCACACUUGGGCAGUCAAGGAUUCUUUCGAUUUUGCGGAGAAGGUCAACAAUUUGCAGAUUCCUCCAGACCAUGAGAUCCUUUCGUUGGAUGUGAUCAGUCUUUCCACCAAUAUUUCCUGGGAGUUAACGGAGAAGAUAAUAGUAGACAAUUGGAGCAGGAUUGAGGCCGUCACGAACAUUCCUAGGCCUAAAUUUGUUAACCUAUUGAAGUUCCUGUUCGAUUCCAACUAUUUCAAAUAUAAAGGCGAAUUUUACUCUCAAAUCUUUGGGUGCCCAAUGGGCAGCAUCCUCAGCCCAACUUUGGCAGCUCUGGUGAUGACGGUGUUGAUCGGUUACUGCCUUGGCAAACUAUCUUUCAUUCCAGCAUUCUUGUUCCAGUAUGUUGAUGACAUUAUAUUGGCCAUUCCUUCAAAUAUGAAAGAAGAACUCCUAAGGAUCUUCAACUCCUUCAACCCACAUAUACAGUUUACCAUAGAAGAAGAGAAAGACAGAUUUGUCCCAUUCCUGGAUACCAAAGUGAUACGUUCUGAGGGCAACACAGUAAAGCUGGAUUGGUACAGAAAGCCGACCAGCUCAGGAAGAUAUGUCCACUUCAAUUCAAGCCAUGAUUGGCAAAUGAAAAUCAACGUUGUUAACAACCUAAAGAACAGAAUAAUAGGCCUUACUCACAUGGAUUUCAAACAGAGUGCUCUGAACAGAUUAUAUGACAUCCUAAAAGAUAAUGGAUAUCCCCACGGCCUGCUUAAGAAGUUGAUAUUCUCGACAUCCAAUCGACGGAUCUCACCUGAUCCUCCUGAACAUCCUCCUACUACACUGCCUCAACAAAGACAGGACGCUCCCCACGAGAGCUCACAUCAACGUGAAAAUUGCCAGAUAUAA